AAGCAUAACAUGAACACUACACAAGAUCACACCAAGAUGACUACAGAACAUUUACUGGAUGUCAGUGAUACGGUGUACAUUGCUUUCGACUUAAUAUUAAAUUGCUUUAUGUCCUUGUUGCUUGCUAUGCUAGGUUUUGUUGGAAAUAUCCUGAAUAUUUGUGUUUUAUCUCAACAAGGAAUGAGAGAUACAACUAAUCUACUGCUUCUUUAUCUGGCAGUCUCAGAUUUGAUCUUUUCUUUUUUAACUAUUGUUUAUAGAAUUCCAAAUGUAGUUUUUUAUUUUGAUAAACAUUUAUCUGUUUCUUUAAAAGAUUGCUACUUUCAGAUUCUUGAUUCCAUUAAACUUUUAUCUUUGUUUUGUAGCACAUAUUUUAUCACAAUGUUAUCUGUUGAAAGAAUGUUUGCUGUUUGUUUUCCAUUUCAAGUUUCUAGAAUUGUAACACGUUUUAGAAUCAAAAUAACUGCGGUGUGUAUUACUGUAAUACUGUUUAUAUUUCUGUCUCCUAUGUAUGGUUUUGCAUAUUUGGACACUGGCGUUGUAGAUAAUGUUACUGAAAUAUGGAGAUAUGGAACACCUUUUUAUUUUGAUAAUUAUUCAUUUUUCUCAACUUUCUAUCUAAGUAUAUUUAUAAAUGUUUAUAGUAUGGGUAUUCCCAUUAUCAUUAUAACCAGUUGUACAAUAAUGACAAUAAUAAAAGUCAAGACGUCAUAUCAAACUAUACAAUGCAUGCCCGACACAGUACGAGUAAAACGGGUGCAAGAAAUUAGGUCAGUUAAAAUCAGUUUAUUUUGGUCGACUUUUUUAAUCCUGUUUGUCAUAGUUCCUCCAGGAAUUAUUGAAACUUUAUUGUUUACACGAUAUUCUGAUUUACGUUUAACACUCAAGUCUGUAGAACUAUUGAUUUCUUCGGAACAAAUGAUUUAUGUACUGAACUCAUCAUUCAAUUUUAUUGUGUAUGUUAUUACUAGUCCUAAAUUCGCAAAGACAGUAAAACGAAAACUAUGUGAUUGGAAAUAGUAAAAAAAAAACAAUAUUAUAUGCUUUCUGUCAUUCUAGCUACAUACAUUUCCUUUUUUCAAGAGAGAAAAAUCUAUUUAGUAUGCAUAUAAAUUAAAACAAUAAUUAAUAAGUAGUGUUUUUAACAUACACCCGAACCUUCACACUAGCAGUAUGUUGGUACCACUGUGCUAAAGGCAAACAUUUCUUUGUUGAAGCUUUGAAUUUUAAAUUACCCUUAUACAAAACAAUUCAAUCAAUUAGAUAAUCAUUCAAUAAGAUCCAUUAGGCCAGGUUCCCAUUUGACUAUAUCUUCAUAACUAUCAGUUCAUCAAAUACAUAUGUAUAUUAAGUAACGUGUGCAAACUUUUUACAAGACAGACAGAGUGAGUUGAUAAAAUCUUUGUAAAAAAUUAUCUUUAAAAUUUUGAUAUCAUUUUUGGAAAAUUGAAAGAAUAUUCAUAG